AUGGCUCGUGAAGCAGUGGAAUAUGAUCUUCAGGUGCAAUUAGAUCAUGGUGCUGCAGAACAGCCUGCUCCUGCCGAGGUGGUGAGCAGCCAAGGGGCCCCACCCCUGCUCCAGCCUCCUCACACUGAGGAGGUCAGCAGCCAGGAGGGACCACCCGUGUUGCGUCCUGUACUUGCUGAGGUGGUCAGCAUCCAAGGAGGACCGCCCCUGCUCCAACCCAUUCCUGAGGAGGUCUUCAACAGCCCAGAGAGAGUGCCGCUGCUCCCGCCUGUUCCACAGAUAUCUGUUGAUCUGACAGAGGAAGUGGAGCUCUCAGGAACAGAGACUGUGGGGAACCUCAAUCCAGGAGUUUCAGAGGAGUUUAGGCCGAGAUCUGGUGCUAACCACGCUCCCCAGGUGCCUUCAUUGGAUUCAGUGAACAGCUUCAUCAGUGGGCUGCAGAGACUUCAUGGCAUGCUGGAGUUCCUGCGACCGACUUCAGGCCGCAGUGUGGGGCCCAUGAGAGUGAGGAGGAGUAGGAGGAGUUCUGCUUCACGGAGGACAAGAACAGGAGGGUCCCAGAGGACAAACAGUGCCAGGUUGAGAGCACCGUUGGAAGCUUUCUUUCAAGCGAGCAGGACCCAGCCUCAUUCGUCAGCCACCUCUCAUGAUUCAGAGACCAGGAAUCCUGUCUCUGAUGACUUGCAGGUAUCAGGCAGUUCUGCCUCCGACAGUGACAGCUCCACAGAGUUUGAGGAGGGAGGUGCUCCGGCAGAGGAGCCUGAAGCUGUUGUUUUAGAAGAGCGACUAGAAGACAUCUCAGCAGGCCAAGAAGUUGCAUGUGUUGGGGGAGAAGACACUCUCCGCAAACAGUCUCCCCAGAAGUCUAACCCUUCUCUAACUUCUGCGUCUGUGGAUGAGGAAGAAGGGGACACUUGCACAAUAUGUUUGGAACAGUGGACCAAUGCUGGGGAUCACCGGCUCUCUGCAUUGCGCUGUGGUCACCUCUUUGGGUACAAAUGCAUUUUGAAGUGGCUCAGAGGACAGACCCGAAAAUGUCCCCAGUGCAACAAGAAAGCCAAGCAAAGUGAUAUCGUUGUCCUUUAUGCCCGGACCUUGAGAGCUUUGGACACUAGUGAGCAGGAGCUCAUGAAGAGUUCCUUACAGAAGGAGCAGAAGCUAAGGAAGAAGGCCGAGUUAGACUCGGCACAGUGUCGGCUACAGCUUCAAGCCCUUACUGAUGAAUGCUCCAGGCUUCAAAGUCGUGUUCAGGACUUGCAAAAACUUAUCGGUCAGGAUAAGAUCUCACAACAGCCUGGGGGUUCCCAACCACAUUUCCUAAGUGGCCUGCCCUCCAGCCAAACUCAACAGAAGUACCGUUUCCAGAAGACAUUCACAGUGUCUCAAACAGGAAACUGUCGAGUCAUGACAUACUGUGAUGCUUUGAGCUGCCUGGUGGUGUCACAACCUUCUCCUCAGGCCGCCUUCCUUCCAGGCUUUGGUGUUAAGAUGUUGAGUACUGCCAACAUGAAAAGCAGUCAGUAUAUUCCUAUGCAUGGCAAACAAAUACGUGGACUGGCUUUCAGCAGUCGAUCCAAAGGCUUACUUCUCUCUGCUUCCCUGGACAGCACAAUUAAACUGACCAGCCUGGAAACAAAUACCGUGGUCCAGACUUACAAUGCUGGGCGGCCUGUCUGGAGCUGCUGCUGGUGUCUCGAUGAAAACAAUUACGUCUAUGCUGGACUGGUCAAUGGUUCAAUUCUGUUGUAUGACCUUCGAAAUACAAGCUCUCAUGUCCAGGAGUUAGUACCUCAGAGAGCUAGAUGCCCACUGGUAUCCCUGUCAUAUGUACCCAGAGCUGCCUCUGCUGCAUUUCCAUAUGGUGGAGUGUUGGCUGGAACGUUGGAGAAUGCCUCUUUUUGGGAGCUGAAAAUGGGUUUUACUCAUUGGCCUCAUGUGCUGCCCGUGGAGCCUGGGGGCUGUGUAGACUUUCAGGUAGAGAGCAGCACCUGCCACUGUCUUGUGACCUACAGGCCUGAUAAAAAUCACAACACCUUACGAAGUGUGCUCAUGGAGAUGUCCUAUAAACUGGAUAAUGCUGGAGAGCCCAUCUGUUCCUGCCAUCCUGUACAAACAUUCCUUGGGGGACCCUCCUGCAAAUUGCUAACCAAGAGUGCCAUUUUCCAAAAUCCAGAGAAUGAUGGCAGCAUCCUGGUGUGUACUGGGGAUGAAGCAUCAAAAUCGGCCCUGCUGUGGGAUGCUGCCAGUGGCUCAUUGCUUCAGGAUCUGCAGGCCGAUCAGCCUGUCUUGGACAUCUGCCCAUUUGAGGUGAAUCAUAACAGCUACUUGGCUACCUUAACAGAAAAGACAGUCCACAUCUAUAGGUGGGAGUGA